AAUAUCUCAUAGUAUUAUGUGAAAUCCUUAACUGAGGUGAGACGCUCUCAAGGUAUAUAGGGAGAGAUGCUUCUCCAGCCUCUCAAUUCAAUUCCCCGGACAUCCUCCAUACAAAUCAACAAGAUGCCAAACUCACCAUCCGCUAUGCAAACGGAGUAUUCUUUUAUCAUUAUCUCGAAGAUAUCCAGAGUAUGUAAUACUCCCUCCUGCCACCGUCUGCUGUAUACCACAUCAAAUCAAUAGCCAGAGUGUUAGACACAUUUGUGGCAAUGAGCGUUUCUGUGGCAAUUCCGUUGAACUCAGAUCCACAUGUUCCACUCGUUCAAUAUACUAUUCUGUUGUGCAUCUUUGGUACCUUGCGGAUGCGGUGAUUGGAACUGGCCAUCCGCUACAACAAUGAUGAAACCGCUUCUCAGUACACUGAUAAUUGGAGAAACAGUGGCGAACAAGUUUGCUGAAACGGGUGCUUUUGUAUCGAGGGUAAUCGAGUGGGUUAUUAAUGAAUCACCUAUCCAAUCUGCUAUCCUAGCUGCAGCGCCUCAUGUCGCAUUGAAUGGCUUGAAGAGGAUUAAGCCGGAAGAUGGCAUCACGGUGGAGAUUAAUGUGAUUAAAGAGGACAAUGGCGAUUACUAUAGUGCAUCUUUAAACUUGCCCUCAUGGCACUAUAAACGUACUAUGUAUAUACAUACAGGUCUCUUUCGAUGAUCCGAAUAGUCUCAAUCGAGCUUGAGGUUGAG